UCAGUUAUGUCGGUGGGAGGAACUACAGAUCCCUCAGAAUUUUAGAUACGCCACUGACAUGAUGUAGAUGAAAAUAAAAGAAGAAAACAAACUUAAUAGAUAAUUAACAAUUUAUAUUGACAAGCUGUCAAUAUAAAUAAAUAAGCUGUCGGGGAUUAAUUGCCGGAAAGUGUAUCCGGUAAUCAUCUGAAAUAAGAAACAAGAUACAGGAUAAGAAGUCGCAAUCCAAGGCGUCGUAGAGACAAACCUUACCACAACGCAAUUGUAUAUUUAAGAUUCAGAUUUCGAACACUUUCAUAUAGGUUGAUGGAAACACAGUACCAUAUCAUUGUAAAUAUCUUCAAUCAUGUGUUUAAUAAUUACUCUUGUCAACUUUGAACUUUAUAUUAUUCUAGUACUAACAGGUCUAAUCACAGUGUAUUUCACAUUUAUUAAUUGGACUAAUUUAAGAAGAAUAUUUAAAACCCUUCCAAGGGAUACUAAAAUAAUAAAAGACUUUAUAACAUAUUUUGCAAAAAUAAGAAUACUCAAAUUAAGAGGUUACGAUACAUAUGCUAAAAUAUUUAAAACUUUAGUUAUAAAACAUCCAAAUAAAAUUGCAUUCAAGCAUGAGGAUUCAACAUGGACAUUUCAAGAGGUAGAGAACUACAGUAAUAAAAUAGCAAAUUAUUUUAAAGAAAAAGGUUUUAAACGAGGUGAUAGUGUAGCAUUAUUUAUGGAAAGCUGUCCAGAAUAUGUUAGCAUUUGGUUAGGUUUAUCAAAAAUUGGUGUUGUAGUUGCAUUAAUUAAUAGUAAUCUACAAUAUGAAACAUUAUUGCAUUCAAUAAAAGUAUCAAAUUGUAAAACAAUUAUUACAGACACGGGACACAUUGAUACGUUAUCAAACAUACUUACAGAUAAAAAUAACGGGUUGUUUAGUUCAAAACGAAUAUACUUGAAAACUGGCCGUAUAAUUAAUUCUAUUAAAUAUAUCAACCUAGUCCAAGUGGUUAUCCUAGACAAAGAAUUAGCAGAUGUAUCUACAAAAUCUCCAGAAGAUGAUAUUCAUUUGGGUUCUUCUAAUGAUGAAAUGCUUUAUAUAUACACAUCUGGUACAACAGGAUUACCUAAAGCUGCAAUUAUGACUCAAUCAAGAGCCAUAUACAUAGCUAUGGGAACCAAACACGUAGCUGGAAUCAAUGAAAACGAUAUUUUAUAUACUCCUUUACCUUUAUACCAUACUGCUGGUGGUAUAUUAGGAGUAGGCUCUGUACUUUUAGGUGGAUCAACUUGUGUAAUUAAGUCUAAGUUUUCUGCAUCAAAUUAUUGGAAAGAUUGUAUUAAAUAUAAAUGUACUAUUGCUCAGUAUAUUGGAGAAAUGUGUCGUUAUUGUUUAUCUGUACCUACUUCAGAAUUUGAUACUAGUCAUCAAGUUAGAAUGAUAAUAGGAAAUGGUUUACGCCCCCAAAUAUGGCAAGAAUUUGUCCAAAGAUUCAAUAUACAGAAAAUUGUUGAAUUUUAUGGUGCUACAGAAGGAAACGCCAAUAUGAUGAAUGCUACUAAUAAAAUUGGUGCAGUAGGUUUCAUUCCUAUUAUUGCUCAACUAUUUUAUCCUAUAACAUUGAUAAAAGUUGAUCCAGUAACUAAUGAACCUUUACGAGGAAGUAAUAAUCUAUGUAUUGAAUGUGAAAUUGGAGAACCUGGAUUAUUGAUUGGUAAAAUCAAAAAUACAACUGAAAAUUCAUUUACUGGUUAUGUAGAAAAAACAGCUACUAAUAAAAAAAUUAUUAAGGAUGUUUUUCAAAAGGAUGAUAAAUUUUUUAAUACUGGCGAUGUUCUUGUUCGCGAUGAAUUAAACUUUUACUAUUUUAAAGAUCGUACUGGAGACACAUUUAGAUGGAAAGGUGAAAAUGUUUCUACAAAUGAAGUGGAAGCCGUAAUAAGCAGCAUAAUUGCACAGAAAGAUUGUAUUGUUUAUGGUGUUGAGAUACCUUACACAGAAGGCAAAGCUGGUAUGGCAGCAAUUUUUGACAAGAAUGGAGAAAUAGAUUUAAAUGAUUUGAUAAUAGGAAUUAAUAAAUCACUUCCAAACUAUGCUCGACCAUUAUUUUUACGCAUUAUAAAAGAAUCUAUCUCGCUGACUGGUACUUUUAAAUUGAAAAAAAAUAAUUUACAAAAUGAUUCAUACAAAUUAGAAAAAAUCAGUCAAGAUUGUAUAUAUUUCAAUGAAGGCAAUAAAUUUAUUCCAUUUACUCAAGAAUUAUACAAAAAAAUUAAAAGUGGCAAAAUCAGAGUUUAGUAAAUAUAAAGAAAUCAUAAAAUUUUACUUUAAAUUAUAAAUCAUCAUUGACUAACUAAUAAAAUAUUUGUGAUGAUUAAUAAAUCUUAAUUUUUUUAAUAUGUACAAUUUUCUUAGUUGCAUUAAUGAAGUUUGUUAUAAAUAAAUAUUUUAAUAAUUAUAAAAUUUAGAAAAUUAUAAAUAUUUUAGCAAUAUUUUAAAAUUGUAUAACAAUUUUUAUUUAAAAAAUUAAUAGAUUAAGUUAAUUGA